CGUAGAAGAAGACAUUUUUCGCGCGGGUUGUUUGAGUUGCUAACUGCUACAAAACAUUAGCUGUUACUGAUCGUCCUGUCAUCACGUCAGGUCGUCAUGGAGUCCACAGAGAGCAGGUACGCUCACCUGCUGCAGCCAAUCAGAGAGCUCACCAAGAACUGGGACAUCGAUGUGGCUUCAGAGCUCAACGACUACUUAGACGAGCUGGAUGAGAUGUGCAUCACGUUCGACGGAGGGAAAACCAGACUGAACUUUGCAGAAGCCGCUCUGUUGAUCCAGGGUUCAGCCUGCAUCUACAGCAAGAAAGUGGAGCUCCUGCACAGCCUGGUUUACCAAACUCUGGAGUACAUCAACGACAGGAACAAGAAGAGAAGCAAACGGGCGGCGGAGUCUCAGGGAGACGACGCAGACGGCGCAGCGAGCCACGAUGACGCUGACGAUGUGGCCGAGUUUUCUCAUCUGGAGCUCGACGCCUCGGAGAAAUCAGAGAAAGCCGACUCCAACACGACUGUGAGCGUGGCUCCUCUUCCUCCGGAGUCUCUGAUUCCUCCUGAAGCUCACGAGAAGAAGAAAAUUCCUCUCAUCAGUGUGAAAGGAGAGAUCUUGUGCAGUCUGAAAGACUUCAGGAUCAAUAUCUUCAUCCCGGGAGACGAGGACAUGAUCCUGCUCACGCUGGGAUCAGCUGCUUCCAGGUUCCUGCUGGAGAACCAUCAACGACCUGCAGAGACUCUGGAUCAGCAGCGUCCAGUUUCAGCUGACUUUGGAGAAAACGGAGGUGACGCCGCAGACGACUUCCUCCCGAUGGAAGACGAGCACAUGGAGCAGGACGUGGAGGAGCACGUGGAGAGACAGCAGGCGCCGAGUGAAGGUCGGAUGAUCAGAGAGAGACGAGAGCUGGAGGACGACAACCUGAAGAAGAAGAAGGAGACGACGCCUCCGGUGAACGUGUGGACGCUCCACGACCCGUACGCCGUCCUCGGGGAGGAGAAGCCCUCUAAGCCGGGGAAAUGUUAUAAAGUUCCCGACGGCCUGGACGACGGAGGGAAGAGGAAACGGAAACGAGCAGCGGCUCUGCAGGACUUCAGGAGCUGGUUCAGAGGCACCUUUGAUCCUGAGGAGCAUAAAUUAAAAAACGGACCGACGUUCACAGACCUGAACUACGUUUAUCUGAGCGCCAUGAAAGAAAAACUGAAGACACGGAAGAAGAUCUUCAAGAGAGCGGGCGUGGUCGUGUCUGAUGAGGAGCUGAGGCGGACGUUCCUGCAGCUGGAGGAGGCGGGGCCACAGCAGGAAGGGGAGGAGCCUGUGGAUGGAUUCAGACACGCCGACCUGCUGGGUGGCGAUGACGACUUGUCCGAUAACGAACAUGACGUGUUUCCUGACGAUGUUCCCGCUGAGUUUGGAGGAGGAGCCGAUUUUAUUUCACCAGACGUUCAGAGAGACGAGCUGAGUUAUGAAGAUCUGGUGAAGCUGCGAGUGGAGCAGCUGGUGGUGAACAGUCGAGGGUACACUCAGGAAAGCGCUCUGAGUCGACGAGUUAAAGACUGGGAGGAUAAGAUCCGACCUGAGCUGCUGAUCCAGGAGGAUCGUCCUGCGUUCGACAUCCACGAUUACGGCGACCGGAUCGUCGGAGCGUUGAACGACGUCGGGCAGCGUCGAUCUUUCGCGUCCAUCGUCGCCGGUUUAGAUAAUUUUGAAGCCUGCAAAUAUCUGCUGGCGUCACUGCAGCUGGCGAACGACCACACGGUGGAGGUGGACUCGGCGCUCGGUCUGGAGGAGAGCGUGGACUCGAUGGGUCUGACUCUGCUCAGCACGCUCAGAGCGACGGAUAGAUUCAAGACUCUGACCGCUUCUCAAUGACACUUUGUUUUUUUACUCCUUCCUGUCAAACAUGAACAUUUCUCCGUCUGUUUUUCUGUCUCUAAACUUUGUUCGUCUGAUUCCUCCGCUCUGUAAAUCAUGAUCUGUCUCCGUGUAAAAGUCUUUAUGGUAAAAAAAAACAAAAACAUGAAUUAUAAUCAGAUGUUCUGUUUCUGAAAAAUAUUUGUAAUAAAAAAAAAAAGGUAAUUUGUUCACAAAGGAAACAGCUGAUGGUUUAUUUUCAGUGUAAAAUCAGUUGGUGUUUGAUCAGGGGC